GCUACAUCGGAGCCUUGUUUUUUCCUUUGCCACGGAUUGGAAUUCGUUGCAAACAGCUGUUUCGGCUAUUGUUGUUGCUGUUGUGCCAGUGGGUUCAAAGUGUCAAACAACAGUGCUAUCGCGUAGCAUGAUUGUACGAAACGGUGGCAUCCUCAUUAUUCAACGGUACGGCCGAUUACUAAUCAACGCGCUACGUAUCACAAAAGAAGUGGUGAUCGGACGCAGCCAUCCGACGUUCUUCAAACACAGACUGCAAGCUGCUGGUUGCAAACAAAAGCUAACAGUUCCGGUACGUCCACUCCUAUUCGUGACCUCGUAUUCGUUGUUUUCGUCCAAGGAAAAAAAGAAAGAAACACCCACGAUCACCAAAAUGGCAGAAGAAGGUGUAAAAUCGCUCAGCGAGACCAUCCAGCACGCAGAUCAGCUUUUCGACGAGAACAAUUUCCAGGAAGCGUACGAUCUUUUGCAAAAGUACCCGGCACAAGACACGUACGACAUCAAGUGGCGGCUAGCCAGAGUGACUUUCUCACUUUCCAAGCCACAACCGAGCCCCCGGAAGGAGGAGCUGGUUCGCGAAGCUUUCCGCUAUGCGGAGGAAGCUCUGAAGCUGAAUGAUGCGGAUUUUGCGUCUCACAAAUGGUACUCCAUCUUGCUAGACGCGAAAAGCAGUCUCGAUGGCAUUAAGGAGCGCGUAACGCAGCUGGAAACGGUCAAAAAGCAUAUGCAGCGAGCAGUGGAGCUGAAUCCGAACGAUCCGACCAGCUGGUACAUCUUGGGCCAUUUCUACUACGGAUUGGCCGAUCUGCCCUGGUACCAACGGAAGAUUGUGUCGACAAUUUUUGCGACACCGCCAACCGGUACGUACGAGCAAGCGCUGGAAUGCUUCGAGAAGGCCGAAUCAACUCAACCCAGCUUUUACUCCAUGAAUCACCUGAUGCUGGCCAAAACGUACCAGGCCCUAAAGCAGGCUGAAAAGGCAAAAGAAUUCAUGACGCUAGCGGCCAACGUGGCCGUACUGAACGAGGACGACAAACAGUGCAAGGAGGAGGCAACGAAAUUGCUGAAGAAAAUGUAAUCGAAUGUAGAUUAUCACAGUUUUACGGAGUGCGCUAGUGCGGUUAAGGGAAAGGAUUUAUACAUUUUUUAUUCAUUGCACUCCGAAAUAUUUACAUCAUGAAGAAAAAAGAAAAAAGAAACACACAAUAAAAGGCUCAUUCCAACAAA